ACUACCCAAGAUCGAUUGCUGUAUAACGUGAGAUAAUUGAACAAACAGAUUUAUUGACCGAUGCAUCUCAUUACAGACAGACGUAUCAGGUCGUCGCUGAAUUAUUUACUACAGAUCUGUGCAGAUGCACGAUGAAUUAAAUGGAGUAGUGUGAGAGACUGUCGAUGGAUCGUGGGAGUAAUCCUCACAUGUAAGAGAGAAAUGGAUAAACCUUGAUAAACGAGAGAUUCCGUGGCUUCAAUACGAGACAAUAUUUCUGUUCUAGGUGAUUUUGAGAAUUGUAGAACUGCUUUGAGAAAUGCCAGUGAUGGGAACAGUUUUACAGGAGAAUCAGAAUAAGCUUGUUUCAUUUGAUCAACCAAAAACUAAAGGGUUGGGACAUGCACCAAGGACUCGAAGGUUAAGAAGGACAAGACCUGAUAAAAUGUCGAUCAUGGAGGACCCCACAUACAGGCAGCACAACACCAAGAUCAAAUCGGAUGUUUCUUCCAAACAUGGACAGAAGGAAAGGCAACAAAGACAAAAUUGCAAUGGUGGUAAAGAGAGAAGUAACCGGAGUAAGAAUUCAAGUCUAAAGCCUGUAUGCCCUCUAUCUGUAAAAGUGAAGAGAGAGGACUCCGAGUGCAGAACUGAUGGUGAGGACACUACACUUCAAAAUAAACGAGGAGAAGAGGACACAGAUAGUGCCAGUGACCUGUCUGAUUCUGAAAGAUGUUCAGUGCUUCCGCCUCACAUCGCUCCUCCUGACCUCAACUUACGUGCAGAGGUCAUAGAUCCAUCAGACUUUCAUCCCCUGCGACCGGCUUGUCGAGGACUCAACAAUUCCAGUGGCAGCUAUCCAGACUUCUUACCACCUCCUUUCAAUUCUUGGAGUAUGAAGCAGCUAGCUGUGUACUUGAACACAGAUGGCAAAGGCAUUCCUCGCCUUAAACCCAUAGGGCACCUGGAGAGAUACCUGGACCGCCUAUUACAAAUGGAAUGGCACCAGAUUCAGACUGUCCAAGAGGACAGCAGAAAAUCCAAUGCCCCAAUAUCAAAUGUUCGGCAUGGACCUCAUACAUAUUCUCUUUCCAGCCUCAGCUCUCCUAAAUGUAUCCUCCAGUGCCAGCGCGCCUUUCCUUUGGCAUUACUGUCCUCUUUGGCCUAUGCUCCCUCUCUCCAGCUUCCAAGUUGUACCUGUCCACAUUGCCAGAAUCUAUACCCCAUUUUGAACGGAACAUGCCGCUAUUAUGCCUACCACCACCACACACGGUUAAGUCAAUUUCUAGAGAAGAGGGGCCAGGCCUCAGGUUUUCCUAAAAGGAGCAGCAGUGAGAGCAGAGCUCAUCAGUUUGAAGCAAAACACGGAUCUCGUGAGCACAGACUAAGUGACCCUCUGAGUGAUAGUAGCCACCUGAGGCGCAUGCAGGCGAUCGGUAACAUUCGCAAUCCUGUUGGUUCCACAUACAAUCCUGACCACGUUUCUAGUACAGCGAUUACAGCCAGUACUGCCAGUCUUGGUGAUGUAAAAAAGAGAAGGCCAGGGCAGAGGAGUCAUUCCUGUGUGGGUAUAAGGGAGGUUGGCUAUAGGGCAAGAGGACGGAGUGAGCAAAGGAAGAAUUCUGUUAAAACAGAACAGGACUCAAAAUUAUCUGGUGCUGCAAGUUCCAGUGGUUUACAUAACUCAAAAGAUUCUGUGACUUGUCGGCUGAACAGGAGGCAGAAGCGUGUUCAAUUUAUUACAAAAUAACAGAAGGACUACAGUGAAAUACAGUUGCCUGAAAAGUAUUUGGACACUUAAUCCAUGCAUAGAAUGUCCUUGCAUUAGAAGCACCUACAAAGAAUGUAUGCUGGCUAUAACUUUUUUAACCAGAUGGCCUUAAGGUCAUUUUUAGUGGAUGUAUUAGGUCAGUUCGCCUCAAAUUUACACAGGUGUUCUAGCAGAGGAUCCACAAGACAUGUUCCACUAAUGUCCAAUUUUUCAUAUUUAAUUUUGAACAGUAUAUCAACAAACUUUGAGAAAAGUGUGCUCGUGCUAGUAGAAUAAAUGCCACUUGGGUUUUAUAUUUUAUCUGAUGCAUUGAUAUUCAUACAAUUUGAAGUGUUGCUUAUUUGUCCAAAUACUUUUUGGGGUCAUUGUAUGCAUGUUUACUCUUCACUUCUUAUUAUGCAGAAUAUGUUGUCUGUUUAUGACUGCAUAGUUUUAACCCAAUUUAAAUUUAGAUUUAAAAAACAGUCUAAGCAUGCUUUCAUUUUUCCCAUGUUUAUUUUUACGUAUUUCUUUCCCAGAUUGUUUCUUACAUGAAUGCACACGGUCAAUAAUGUUUCUCUCUCAUAAGUAUAUACUAGUAUAGUAUAUACAUAUGUAUAUUACUUGUGCCACAUUUAUAAAAGGAAGAUAAAUAAUAUGAUUUAUGCAGCCUUAAAUAUGUAUUUCCAAUAAAUGUUUUAAACAAUUCCAUUAUUCCUUCACUGUAAUUUAAAAUGGCAAUAUCUUUUUUUUUAUUUUCUCUAAAGUGAUUUUACUAAGGUUCUAUUGUCAGCAGGUGUUUUUAAUGUGUUUUAGAUUAAUAAAUAAACAAUUGUUGUUCCUGUAAUAUUUGUUCUCUAGGGGAGACCAGGUUAGUUGCCACAAGGGCUAUAUCUUAGUAACUGGUUUGACUCAAAUGUUUAAUUGCACAAAUUGUUGGGUAAACAAGUGAACAUACUGUAAUAAAACUAAACUGGCAUAAGUAAAGGUCAACUACAUGUUGGUCGAUUUUAUUUGAAAGGUUUAACUGAGUUCUCAGGACAAAUAUCAGGUUCAGGCCAGUUGCCGCAUGUAUUUUAAAAGUUAUAAAUGUAUUCUGUUCAAUUUAUUAAAUAUCUAUUGGCCAAAACAAUGGUGAUCCGAAAGUUCUUGAGCCGGGUGUGAUCACUGUCCUUUUAUGCAUAUCGCGGUGCCGGUUUGUGGUCCGUUCUGCGUGACGCGGUGGCGCAUUUGAGCUUAUUGCAGCCCAUUCGGCAUGUUUCUCGGCCGACCCACCGGCCUGCUCAGUUCUCCCGAUGGACAGUACGCCCCUGAACGGCACCAAAGUGCAUCGGCCCACCUGGAAAAUUCCUGGUAUGCCAAAUUGCCAAUCUAGCCCUGAAAACGGCACAUUCAGCAACAUGGAAAAGCAGAUCAAGAUGGG